AUGAAUAAUGCAAUGCCAGAACUAAUUUCGUCUAUUACUGGCCCGCAAGCAGGCAUAGACGGAUUGGCCAAAGCUGCUGGAGCUAUGCCCAAACUCGGAUCCUAUGAAAUUCAGUGCAACGCUGCUGUACCAAAACUGGAAAUAAAAGCGGAGAGAUUUACAUACACGAUCCAAUCGAAUAAGCUUAUUGUAAAGAUAGGAAACAGAUGUAUUCUCGCAUUAGUCGCUCAGACGAGCGCUGGCAUUGGUCCACAAUGGCAUUUUGGAGCUCCACUACUUCAAGAAUAUUGCAUCACUUUCAACUUAGAUACCAACAAUCUUGAAUUCUUUGGCGUAAAAAGUGUUCCUACAACGACUAGCUCCACUCUUAGAACCGCCUCCACCCGAAAGCAAAACACAACCUCUACAUCGAAGACAACUCGCAAAAUACCGACUACUACACCAAAAAAUGCAACUAGCUCUUCAACAAAAACUACACGCAGAGUACUUUCUACCACACCAAAAUUGAAUAUCACUACCUCGUCAACGAGAACAACUCGGAAAAUACCGACUACUACACCAAAAAGAAACAUUACUACUUCGUCAACGAGAACAACUCGCAGACUCCCAACUACUACACCAAGAAGAAUCAGCACCUCCUCAAGGAAAACGACUCGCAGGUAUCUUGCACCACGGUAA